CAUCACGAGUGGAUAAAUUCCCUCGGUCCACAUGAACCCCGACCGCACAACAACCUGCAACCACUUUUUUCCGGUCAUUCGGCCAGCCAGCAGCAGCAUGCAAUGCAGCCUUCUGCUGACCGAUACGUGCGCGAGAGACCAGCCAGCAGCCAUCUCUUCGUGUGGGCCUAGAGCAGUCAGAGUAUAGGGCGUGCAACCCUCAAAGAACUAAUGGAUGUCGUCGCUGCGCUGGACUUCGUGUCUUCUAACCACCACAUCGCUAUUCUUUGCGUGUGUUGCUGACGAGGCUUCGAGAUAGACGUCGGUCCCCGCCGCAUGCCAAGAUGGCUUCAGCUUCAGCGUCAGCGAGCACUAGCGCAAAGGUCGUCGAAGAUCACGACCUCUUGCUUGGGCCUGGCGCUACCCGUCAAGGUCUCAAAUGGACCGCACCGCCGUCUCACCUAGAGCUGGUGCAAGUUCACUACCUUGUACGGCAUGGCGAACGUACCCCUGUACGAACGCGGCUUCAAAACGCCAAACCAGCAAUCCCAACUUCUUGGCCCUAUUGUCACGUCGGUUCUGAGUUUGCCGCUGCCGUGGCAGACUUCGCGCCAGGACCUCCCGAUGCCAAAGGCAAGUCACCAGCUAAAGUACCUGAUGGACCUUGGCGGGGACCUGAUUCGUGGCGCGGCAAGAUGGACAUACGCAAAGGGACCGAGAACACUGAUCGUCACGAUCGGCCAGUUCCUGGCGCUCCCGGGGAAUGCCUUCUUGGAGAGCUCACAGAUCUCGGGAGGCAAUCAACACACGCCUUGGGUCAACUGCUGCGGGAGACGUACAUAGACAAGCUUGGAUUGCUGCCACAGCGUCUUACCCCUGAUGAUGCGAAUGCGGUGUAUUUCCGUUCAACAAACAUGUCGAGAACUGUGGAGUCGGCUCAAUCACUCAUCAGGGGUCUGCUACCGCAAACAAGAGACUCGCAGGACGAGUACACUCCCACACUUUUGAUCAGAAACGGCACCACAGAAAAUUUGUUGCCCAACACUUUUGGUUGCGCACGGUUGCGGGCUCUUGACGCGCAGUUCGCGAGCAUGGCAGCGCAAGUGCACAAUGCCAGGCUAUCCGCUUUUGACGAGGGCAUCGCACCGCACUGCGAUGGUGCGCCCCCCAGGAUAGACGGGCAUCCGAGACUCAAUGGCAUUCUCGACACAGUGCGCGCCGCAGUGGCGCAUGGCGUGCCCUUCCCGUCUGUUUUCGAAGAGCCUGACACGAUGCGUGUUGUGGAACGCGCGGUGGUGGACGAGUGGUUCUCUGGCUAUCACGCAGAGGACGCGGCGCUGCGAAAUCAGUACAGGCGACUCGCCAUGGGUCGUCUACUGAACGACUUGGCAGGUCGUCUGUACAACAAAGCCACAAACGGUGACCGAGACCCCCUCAAGCUCGCAGUGUACUGCGCACAUGACACUUCCUUGGCCGGGCUGCUCUCAACAUUAGACGCUUUCGACAAUAGGUGGCCAGCUUUCACCGCCUCGCUAGGUUUAGAGCUGUUCAGAGAUCGAAGUCCUGCAGCACAAACGUCCAUCCUCUCCGUUCUCGGAAUUGGACGAUCAGCGCCUCAGCACUAUGUUCGAUUACGGUACGGCGACAAGACGUUGAAGCUGCCUGCGUGUGCCGCAAAAGGAGCUCACCUUGAAGGACAGCCCGAGCUGUGCACACUAGAGGCCUUCAAGUCAGCUGUAGAAGCUUUACGCCGUCCAGAUGGCAUGUCCUGGGAAAAAGAAUGUCAAGAAGGCCGGGGCUCGAAGAGUUCCAAGUAGCGCUUCGAACGGUCGCUCAGGUAAUGCGAUGAAAUUUCACAGACCCGCGUGUUGAAGCGAGCCUUGCAAGAGCAA